GUGUGCUUUGAGCCUCCUACUCGGCUCUUGUAUAUAUAUACAAACCAAUCCUCUCUUUUUGUCUUCCCCAGUAAGCCAAGCGAAUCACUGUUCUCCAGUGAUUCGCUUGUAAUAUCACGGAAGAGAGAUUAAAAAAAAAAGAAAAAGAGAAAAAAGAAAGAAAGAAAGAAAAACAGAGAAAUGGCAAUAAUGAAUGGUAAUUUAGGUCUUUUUUUCUUCUUAUCCUUCGCUGCAAUGAUCCCGGCUUUGCAUGCCAACAUUGGAGAAUUCGAUGAAUAUUGGAAGGAGAAGGAAACAGAAGCAAGAAAAGUUGCCUUCGACUCAUUUGAUCCUCACCCCGAGAAAGUCACUGAGACUAUCAACGAGGAAGUCGGCGAGAUUCUGACGGGUACCAAUGGCACAAGGAGGAACUUGCGAAAAUAUAAAGGCCCAUGUUUGGCAACAAACCCCAUAGACCGAUGUUGGAGGUGUCGUCCUGAUUGGGAGCAAAACAGAAAGAAACUAGCAGACUGUGUUCUUGGCUUUGGCCAUAAGACCAGCGGUGGUAAGAAGGGGAAAAUCUAUGUUGUAACUGAUCCUUCAGACAGUGAUUUGGUGAAUCCCAAGCCCGGAACUCUUCGCCAUGCCGUGAUCCAAGAGGAGCCAUUGUGGAUCAUCUUUGCACGACCUAUGAUAAUUAGGCUCAGUCAGGAGCUCAUGAUGAGUAGUCACAAGACCAUUGAUUGUAGAGGAGCUAAUGUCCAUAUUGCCUAUGGUGCUGGCAUAACUAUGCAAUUCGUCAAGAAUAUCAUCAUCCAUGGCCUCCACAUUCAUGACAUUGUUUCAGGCAAUGGUGGCAUGAUUAGAGAUUCGGUCAAUCACUAUGGUUUUAGAACAAGAAGUGAUGGAGAUGGGAUUUCCAUAUUUGGAUCAUCUAACAUUUGGAUCGACCAUGUUUCAAUGUCCAAAUGCACAGAUGGGAUCAUUGAUAUUAUCAUGGGAUCAACUGGCAUCACUAUCUCCAACGGCCAUUUCACUAACCAUAAUGAGGUGAUGUUGUUUGGCGCAAAUGAUGCCCACACUAUUGAUGAGAUAAUGCAAGUUACUGUUGCAUUUAACCACUUUGGGCAAGGGUUGGUCCAGAGGAUGCCAAGGGCCCGAUAUGGCUUCAUCCAUGUCAUUAAUAAUGACUACACUCAUUGGCUUAUGUAUGCCAUUGGUGGCAGCAGUCAUCCCACUAUCAUCAGUCAGGGUAACCGAUUCAUCGCUCCUCCUAACCCAAAUGCCAAGCAGGUGACGAAGAGGGAAACGACUCAAGAUGUGUGGAGUAAAUGGCAAUGGAGGUCCGAGGGAGAUCUGAUGAUGAACGGAGCGUUCUUUCUUGAAUCAGGGAAACCAUUGGAUGAAAAGCCAUUCACAAGGCAACAAAUGAUCAAAGCAAAGCCAGGGAGUUAUGUGACUAGACUCACCCGAUUCGCUGGUCCACUUGGCUGCAAGCCAAACAAACCAUGUUAAUGAAUUUUCCCAUCUUUACUUUGUUUCAUUUUCUUUUCCUUUGUCUUAUAGUCAUGAAAGCCAAACAAUGUCAUCACAGCUGUGAAUAGAUGGCAGAAGGAAAGAAUAGUGGGUGAAACAAAUUGCCAUUCUGUUGUUUUUCUUUCUUUUUUUUUACAAUCUUGUGGUUGGCCUGUGAGGGAAGAGCUAGAGAUUGAAUGAGAAAUAUUGAUGGAAGGGACAUAGAACCAAAGGGGGGAAAAAAAAAAUCAUUUUUUCCGUGAGUUAAGUUCCUAUUUCAUCAAGCUAUUUAGGUCUUGUUUGGUGAUCAUCUUUCGUUUGAAUUGCAGGCUGAAAAUUUCUACUGCAUUUCAACAGAAAAUUCAUCACCUUAAUCAGAGCCACUACAAUAAAAUAUAUGACAUUUCAACAUAUCUCAUGACCUUCAAUAAUAUUUAAUUUCUUUGUUGUUUGUUCUUCU